GACAAGCCGGAUGGCAGUCGAGUCUCGACCGCGGUGCAUUCUACUUCGCAAGGAUCAUUUUGCGUGUUUUUCAACUCUUUCCAUUGUUCGCACACAUUCUUACUAACUACUUUUUACAUCAGGUCAUUCUUCUAUAUACCUACACGCAUAUUACUACGAACUUAUAUACUACAAACGUAUUACUACACACACGCUUACGCUUUUACGCGUGCGCACACACGCGUGCGCAUAACAUACAUACACAUUCUUAUAUAGAUUCAUACCUACCUAAACACCAAAGAAAUUCUCCGGUUUCGCCCUUCCCGACUAUUCUCCUCACCGAUUAUCCCCCCAUACUCUCUAGCCGCCCUGCAUAUUCCUGUUUCUAUUGGAACAUCGGACAGAAAAGAACGAAUCAUUCUCGAAACGGAUCGAACUGUGAUCAGCACGAACGAAGCGGUCUAAAGAAAAAUAGAGAAAGAGGAAAUAAUAACAAAGUGAAUAAAAUGGUCUUGGCAGAAGGCAUAUUCCGUUCAUAAGGAUUUAUUAUAUAUUGUACUCUACUAUAUAGUAGAGUAACUUACUUCUACACGUGUAAUUCUAGAAGGAGGCUAUUCGUGAACAAGUUAUUCAUUAGCAAAUUAAUUUCCUAAAAAGGACAAACAUGGAUCCAUAUUCAUUAAGUUAUAACCUUCGCUCGAAUCAGAAACAUUAACAAACCAAUAAGAAAGAGUAAGAGUAAAAAUAGUGAAGCACGGAAACGCCAAAAUCAGCGUCAGAAGAACCUUGGCAAAAGAAUAAAAAUAGAUUUUCUCUGACGAAAAGAAGGAUGAUGGGUGGUGGUGGUGGUGGUGGUGGUGAUGAUGAUGGCAGCGUUGAUCACUAAAAGAUGCAAGAUAUCAGGGUGUCGUGAAACUGCUAUCGGGGCUGUCUAUAGUAUGAAUCCUAUAAGUAAUAUGGCUGUCCAUGGAUGAGAAAGGAAGAUAAUAACAGUGCGAUUGCGACUCUCAAUGCGAAAAAGAGAGAGUGUGGAUUAUAUCAAUGAAUGCUACGGAAUGGCGUGCGACAAUAUGUAGUGUCGAACGCGAAGCAUCGAAGAACAUCGAGGAAAAUGAAAGAGAAUGUUUCAAAGAUGCAAUCGUAUCCUGUCGGAGUCUCAAUAAGAAUUUCGUCGAAUCGACGAAUCUUAAAAAUGCUUUCCGCGAGAUCUCGGCAUGCAUCAUCUCAGCGACUUUCCACAUAGCAUUGGGUCUCAGUAUGGCGUACUCGGCAAUUCUCGUACCACACCUUGAGGCUAAAGACGCGGAAAUACCAGCAACGAAGAAGGAGACUGCUUGGAUAGCUAGCGUGGUGGUAUUAUGCGUACCGGUCGGUGCCACUUUAAGUGGUUUUUUAAUGGAAAUGAUUGGAAGGUUAAAAACAUUGCAAAUCGGUGCUAUUCCUUGUAUUAUAGGCUGGGCUUUGAUAGCUUCCUCGUCGAAUUUAUCAAUGCUUCUAGUCGGUAGACUAUUAACAGGGAUCUCUUCAGCAAUGGGUAGCUCACCUGCGAUAGUUUAUAUAACAGAAGUAGCGAGGCCAGAAUUAAGAGGCUCGAUGAUAUCUUUCGGACCAACUCUUGCUUCCUUCGGUAUGCUUCUAGCAUAUUUGAAAGGUGCUUAUUUACAUUGGCGUCUAGUCGCUUGGCUGAGCAUCAUUUACGCGGUUGUUCCAAUCAUUUUAAUUCAAUUCUUUGUCCCGGAAUCACCGGUUUGGCUCGUUUCAAGGGGACGAGUCGAUGAUGCGAGAAAAUCUUUAGAAUGGUUGUACAAAUCCGAUGAGAAACAAGGUACCGUCUCGCUCGCAGAAGCACAGUUCGCAAUGAUCAUGAAAGAAAAUGAAAUCAAAUUGAGCGAACAACGAAGAAGUAAACACGGAAACGCUUUUACUAAAUUACGUAGUUUUCUUAAACCUACCGGAUGGAAGCCCAUGACUAUACUAUUUUUGUUCUUCUUGUUCCAACAGUUUUCAGGAAUUUAUAUUACCCUCUUUUAUGCUGUCACAUGGUUUCAGGAUGUUGGUGCUGGUGUAGAUGAAUAUCUAUCUUCGAUCCUGGUAGGCCUAACGCGGUUUUUGUGCUCUAUGGUAAAUACUUGGCUUCUUCGACGAUUCAAAAGAAGACCUUUGUGUAUAAUUUCUUCGUUGGGAAUGGCACUGUGUAUGACUAUCUCCGGUUAUUUCACUUUACGUAUUCAUGAGGGUGAUCGAAGCGGUUAUUGGGUACCAAUCGUAUGUCUUUUACUUUACGUCUGCACGUCUAUGGUUGGUAUGUUGACUAUACCCUGGACCAUGACCGCCGAAUUAUUCCCAACAGAGAUUCGAGGAAUCGCUCAUUCCAUUAGUUACUCCAUGGCCAAUUUACUUAUGUUUGCUGCACUUCAAAGUUACCGAAGUCUCCAAGACUUUUUAGGAGGUUCUUACGCCGGUCAAUGGUUCUUCGCGGCUGUUUCCUUGGCAUCUACGUUUUUCGUUUUAUUGAUGCUACCUGAGACACAUGGUAAAAAAUUGUCGGAGAUCGAAGAAUAUUUCCACAAUCAUUUCCUAGCAAUUAGUUUUACUAAUUCGAAAUCAAAGAAGAAACGUAGGCAGAAUAGAUCAUCACAACGAAAUACGAACAUGGCUGCGAGUGAACCGCUCAAUCCAAAAACUGUACCGAAUGUUUAAUUUUAGUUCAUUUCUUCGUACUUUCAAUUAAUCGUAAUGAUUUAUUAUACUUAUUAUUUUAUCUUCAAAUCAUAAAUAUUUAGAUAUGUGUUUAGGUAUGUAGGUAUGUAUGUAUGUAUAGAUAUAAGCACAUACUUACGUAUCUCACAUGUAGGUAUACAAACUGUAUAAUAAUAACAAUAGAAAUUCAGGAAGAUAACCGAGAUUUAUAUUUGCCAUUUUUAUAAAUUACGAACAAGAAACAUCUAACAUGUACUUAGAAAAAAGUGUUACAAUUCAGUUAAAUGCGAUUAGAACGUAAUAGUUUAUUUCUAUUACGUUCUAUUAGUUUUAUUUUUAUUACUUUAUAUAUGGAAGUUGAAAAAGAGUUUAAAAACCGACAAACAGGAUAUAUAUAUCAUAUAUAUCAUUAUAUAUAAUAAUAAUAAUUAUUAUUAUUAUCUUAAAAAUCGAAUAAUCAGUUAAUCAAAUUUCGCGCAAUCAAUUUCAAAGAUAACCACGAAAAAUUAUGAUGAAAUGUAUAUGUUGACAUGAUAUUAUCAAUUUAGUUCAACAAUGACAAGAAUAGCCCAUAGAAACAUGAAAAAGUAUACAAAUACAGAAAGUGGGGGAUGAUUUAAUAUGUGUGUGUAUGAAAUCAAGAAAAAAGAUAAAAAAACAGUAUUAAAAAAAAAAGAAAUGCUACGUAAUUAUUAAUUUUUGUAAUAAAUAUGAUAAAGAGGGAAAGAGAAGUCAUGAAUUUUGGAAAAAUUUAUACGAUAUAAAUAACUUUGUGAACAGUGCCUUAAUUCGUAUCUAAAAUAUUUUUUAAUGAAAUGAUAUAAUAUUACUCAUUGAUCUGAUUUAUGUAUUCUUUCUUUUUAUUAAUUUCUGAAGACUACAAACCCCUUGCCCUACAACAUCACGUAAAACUUUGUAAUAAAGAUAAUGGACCAAAUAUUAAUAUCAUGGGUGAAAGGCACGCUACGUCGAUCAGGUCAAACAUAAACAACACAUUCCAGACUCGUGAUUUGUUGCUAUGAUUUAUGUUAACAUGUCAUAAGACGUUUGCAAUUGUUACAACCUCAAAUGCCUAUCCGAAAUGGCUCAACUUAUGACGUGAACUUAUUAAUGAUUAUGGCAUGUAUCAUUGGAAUUCAAAUCAUAGGGCAAGAGGCUAAAUAAUGUUAAAUAUAUAAUAAAACACAUGUGACGUAUUAUGAUAUGUUAUGAAUAAUAUUACUUGAUAUCUCAAGUUAUACUUUUUUUUCUUCUUUUUUUAUUCGAGUACGAAUGAAACGUAUGCAAGUAUGUUUGUAUAUAUAGAUAUACAUAUGUAAAACAUUACAUAUUCUUUUUGUUUAAAUAAUGAAUGCAAUCAUUAUUAGUAUAGUGAUGAAGAGCCAAGUUUUUAAGAGAAUAAGAAAAUAAAUAUAUAAUUAAAAAAGAA